AUGCGUGCAGAUUUGAUCCUUUCACAGGAAGCAUAUGAAGAUUGCCGUGUUUUACCAAAAACACAACGUGCUGCGGCUGGUCAAGAAGGCUCGAUAGAAAACAGGCACAUCAGUGGAAAAACUGCUAAUUUGAUAUGUCCACCUAAUGUUGUCUCUUGCUUGACGAAUGCAAUUGUUGAUGGAAAUAUCAUUCAUGAAGAAGCAGUAAAAAGUAGGGGAAAUGGCGAACAGAACUUCACAAUUCCAGACGCGAUCCACGCAUAUGUUGUCGGAUUUUUUGAUCAUGUUCAGGAAAUUGACUUCUGCUCUGUGCCAGGACCACUGAAUACCGAAUUGCCAUUUUAUAUAUGGUCUGUUAUUAAGAGGUAAUU